CUUCUUUCUGUUUGAAUUUGGGGCCAUUUUAAUUCCAAUUUUCAAUUAUCCACAGAAAAACUCGAACGGAAAACAAUGCCGUUGAGAGUAACAGUCAUGCCCACGCUCUCUCUCUACUUUCAUCCAAAACCCCUCCUCCACCGCAAAACCCCUCGCACCGCCGUUGCUAUCACCCGCCUUCUUUCUCUCUCUGCCGCUACAUGUCAGCCGCGCUCAGUGUCUCUCAGGCCGUUCUCUGCUCUCUCCUCCGCAGCCGUUGAAUCAGAGUCCUCCUCAAUUUCCUCCGCUUAUCAGAAGCCGAAAUCAAUUGACCCGCGGUACUUGUCCUGCUCCUUAACAGAAAGGAAGCCUCUCAAAGUGGCUGUACUUCUCAGCGGCGGUGUCGACAGUAGCGUUGCCCUCCGCCUCCUUCAUGCUGCCGGUCAUUCCUGCACCGCUUUCUACCUCAAGAUUUGGUUCCAGGAAGACUUUGAGAACUAUUGGUCUGAGUGCCCAUGGGAAGAAGAUCUGAAGUAUGCAAAAGCAGUUUGUGAUCAGGUUGAUGUACCCCUGGAAGUUGUGCAUUUGACGGAUGAAUACUGGAAUAAUGUGGUAUCAUAUAUUAUUGAUGAGUAUCGAUAUGGCCGUACUCCAAAUCCAGAUGUCCUCUGCAAUACAAGAAUAAAAUUUGGUGCAUUUGUGGACGCCAUAAGUGGUAUGAAAUUUGAUUUCAUUGCAUCCGGACAUUACGCGAAGGUAGUUCACCCAGAUAGUGGUAACAAAGAUGAGCCUUCUAUUUUGGAAUUGUCAAAAGACAUGGUUAAGGAUCAAACAUACUUUCUUUCCCAUCUUUCACAGUCGCAGCUUAAAGGACUUAUCUUUCCUCUUGGAUGUAUCCAAAAGGAAGAAGUCCGCGGACUUGCCAAAUUAUUUGAAUUACCUAACCAAGAUAGGAAGGAUUCACAAGGGAUAUGCUUUCUUGGAAAGAUAAAGUUCAGUGAAUUUGUUGCGAGACACAUUGGGGAGAAAGAAGGUGUGAUAUUAGAAGCUGAGACGGGAGACUUCCUUGGAAAACACCGAGGGUUUUGGUUCUAUACAAUUGGCCAGCGUCAAGGAUUACGUCUUCCUGGUGGACCUUGGUAUGUUGUGGAGAAAGAUGUGAAAAAUAAUGUUGUGUUUGUGUCAAGAAAUUAUUUUUCAGUUGACAAAAGAAGGCGCAUAUUUCGUGUUGGAUCCUUAAGAUGGUUUAAUGGUUCUCCUCCAAGGCAGAUCAGUCAACUCCAAUGCAAGGUACGUCAUGGUCCUGGUUUUUACAACUGUGAUGUGGCUAUAGAAGUCAACGGAAAUGGCCAUGAAAUUGCAGUUGUCAAAUUAUCUGAAGAUGAUCAAGGUCUGGCAGCUGGGCAGUUUGCUGCCUUUUACCAGGAGUCGACCUGCAUCGGGUCUGGUGUGAUCUUGGAGUCAUGGGAUGACCAAGGCUUUCCUGUUUGUGCAAGGGCUCUUGAGAUUGCUAGAAUGGAAGAUAAAUCGAAACUUGGGAAACCAGUUAAGAUUAAAGUGAUAGCACAGAGUAGGGACGAGGAGUCUGAUCAGAACGAAAGCUUGAAGCUUAAUUUAACAUCAGUUAAUUCUGAAAUUAGUAACAAGGUCUACUUCUCCACUAAAAUGGCUGCAACAGCUUGUCGACAAACUUUCACAGGUGUUCUAGAUCCAUUUGAGAUUAGCUGUAGUGUUAAACUGUAUGUAGCUGGUAAUAUUACUGUUCGUCUUCAGCAAUGCCAAGCAUCAGCUUGUAAACAUAUCGGGUUUAUCUCGUAUUCAAACCUGACCAAGGAGUCAGGUGUGCAGAUUCUCGUGCUCCUUUUAGAGUGUCUUGGCCGAGUUUUUGUAUCAUUUCUUUCCCACUUGUGA